AUGAAGGAGCUGCGUCACUAUGACACGUUCAAGGACGUCAACACGCUGCUCAUGUCUACGCCAAAGGGCGUCAUCUCCAUGACCGAUGCCACGGGUAUCUGCUGCUUCACGCCCGUGCCCAUGGCCGGCAGAAGACCUUUAAAAUUUAACCGCUCGGAUACAAACGACUCAAGACCGGGCGCAUACGACCAGAAGUUUGCAGUCUUGACACCUCUUCAUAUGAAUUUGCUGGCGUUCCACAAUGGCCGAGAGUGGAGUGGUGCUAGUGAAUCUCAGCAGGGACUGUCACUGCUAGCGUCGCUAUCGGCAUUUUACCCGACGGUGGAUGUCCUUCAUUCCGGAUGGAUGACGAAGAGGCGAGAGCGAAAUGUGCACAGCCCGAAGAGCAUUAUGACGUACUGGAAACGACAUUUCUUCGUUUUCUUGACGUCGGGUGAUUUGCUAUAUUUCCGGGACGAUACCUUGAGUGAACUGCAGGGUCGUGUGGACGUUCGACAUGCCCCAACAGUGCGCGUUACUGGAGAGCAGCUGUUGGAAGAGAGGAAAAAGGAUGGAGGCAUGUUUAAGUUUGGGAAGAUGCCGGCGCUCGAACGGGAGACCUGUCUGAUAUGGAUCGCCACUCCUCCGUCCAAGAUGUUUGUUUUAAAACUGGAGGAUGACCACGAUGAGACCGGGAGCGGCGCUAGUGGUAAAGUGGCUCUCGGGUCUUCUUCUGGUGUGGGGGUUACUACAAGGAAAGCUGAGCUUACUCCAAGCUCCAAGAAGUGGCUGCUCUUGCUCCUACAGGGACAUGCCGAAACAAAGUAUACACAGCUCGAGAAAUGCAUCGCAACGUCCAAGUAUGGACUGACGACAGAGAUUAUCUCGGCAGUCCGCGCAGGAAUUCCAGAUGAGUUGCGUGGACAACUUUGGAAAGGGUUUUCUGGUGCCACAGAUCUCCAACGACGCGUAGAGCUUAAACACGCUAUCCGCAGUGCAUCCAAGUCAUCCAACGUCUUCCGCAUGCCAUCGCGCGAAAACUCUGUGAGAAGUGGCCACAAAUCUCCAGCAUCGAAGAAGCACGCAGUUUAUGAAAUGUGCUCUGCGGGCAUCGACGCAAAGAAGAUGGAUCCGCCGGAGAACCAAAUGCUUUUCACCCGAUUGUGUGCAUUGGCGCUCCAGGAAAGUGGACACGCAGCUGUCACCGCGCGGACAAGUGAAUUGAACAACCUUUCAGGCCGCCUGGGACGUGCUAUUUCGGAUGCGUCGAACCCGUCAGAUCAAUACAGCGAAGACCGUGGGUCAUCCUACGACGAGGAACGAGACUCCAUGGACGAUGACGAUGCUGAACAAUUUGAGGUCGAAGAGACUAAAACUGGCAACGAUCCUUUUCGUAGACGCCCCUCGGCAAGAAAUACGCUCAAGCAGCUUGAAAAAGGCAAAAUGGGUAAUUACGUGUACCCCAGCGACUAUCCGGCAGCAGAUUGGGAGCUGACAUCUCGACGCCGGUUAUUAAUCGCAAGCUCGCGCUACAAUCCAUAUUCCCAUCCAUUUCCCUGGCGUGUGUCGUGUCUCCUGCUGGCGUAUGUCGAAGAAGAGAGCGCAUUCUGGAUCAUCAACAGCAUAAUCGACUCGCUUCUGCCGGGCUACUUCCACGGCUACCGGCCAGCUCUGCAGAUUGAUGUGGCAGCAUUCACCACGCUCCUAGAAAGCCGCUUACCGACUCUCGCAGCCCAUCUAGCAGCAUUAAAAUUUCCUCUUGGUCGACUAGUUGAACGGUGGUUUCUAAGCUUGUUCACCGCUUCGCUAAUCCCGCUCCCCAUGGUUCUGCGGAUAUGGGAUGCCUUCUUCAUUCGUGGUGUCAUUGUGUUCUACGGGGUCGGUAUUGCAUUCCUCUUUCGCGCAGAAAAAACUCUUUUCCAUGCCAAAACAGCCGCGGAAGCAGAGGAAUACUUGAGAGCUAGCGAACGGAGUUGCAUCGAUGCGGAUGCAGUCUUCUCUGUGGUCUUUAAGGACGAUCUGACCAUCCCGUGGCUCACGGAUGAACAGCUCGAAAAACUGAGGUCCACACAGCGCCACCGCGUGAUGGAGCAGGUUUCGCAGAAGGUGGGAUACUUUAAAGACAAGCUGAGCAUUCUCAAGCUUUCACAAGACCUCGGCUCGCGCUGCCAGGCCGUUGCCAAGCAGUUUUUGAGUGAUCGUAGAGGUGUCACGGCUGCUCUACGGCUCAGUGAAGCCCAGACCAGCGAUGAACAAGACCCGUACGACAUGUACGGGCUUGACGAUGACAUUAACGACCUUGACAUUGGCAUCGAUGGCGACAAGCUAGAAGAUUCGUUCCAGAUGACACUGCACCUGCUGCUAGAGCAAGUAAGGGAGUCCUCUGCAGCAGCAGAAGCGCUUGCAGUAGAGCUGGGGCAGCGACAAGCCAAGUGGCUGGCCGCUUCAAGCCAGCUUGCAGCUUGCCCUCUUGCUCAACCACCUACGCCGGACUCCCACAGUUGGCUCUCGCAAGUCAAGCAAGGCAAAAUCGCCGGUGCCGGACAUGAUGCUUCUUCACUCUUUGCCGCCAGUGGCGAUGGUUUCCCUUCUGCCUCUCGCGUAAUCGAAGCGUCUGGUAUGAUGUUUGACACUGGCGAGGCCCGUCUUCCCAGCAACGGUGCUUCAGAAAGUGGGAAUGAUAGCCCAAUCACUGGACAACGUAGCUGUCUGUUGAUGGAAAGAGAAGAUCUCGGGCUAUCUGAUCGCAAUCUCGCCGAGAUGUUUCUGUACGCUUUGGUGUCGUCGCUCAAGGCGCUGUGUGCUGUUCGACUAGAAUGUCUUGGCGUGACGUAUCGAUUCAUGUGGCAUGGUGGGUCCUGGCUGGAGUCUGCUGUCGACUAUCCUUCCUUCUCCUCACUAGCAGAGACCGCAUCAACCCCAUCCACACCAAACUCCCGGCAGUCUGUUCGUGUGAAGUCCCAGUCGUCGACGGCUAGCUCGUCAAAAAGACGUCCGCGUGCUAUGGACGACUCGGCAUUGUCUGGCCGUAAACGCGGAGACUCGGGUGCGACUACACCGAAGCGAGGGGGGCGCCCAACCACACGUAGUUUCUACAAUCCGAGCAAGUCACCAACACGCCUACGUCCCAGCUUAUCGUCUGGGGACUUCUCAGUGUUGGAGUUCGCGACAGGUGGUGUAGGCACCAACUUGUACGAUGAUCCGAUCAUCGAAGGUCAGCCCGCGCCAUCGUCGCCCACGUACACCGAACAACUUGCAGACGCUAGCGAUUCCUACCCCGCCUCGCCAACGUCGCUAUCUCCACACGACAGCAGCGCAGUUGGGCUGGACUUUACCCUUGGUCGUGGUAUAGAUCGCUGUGCGGCCUCGACGCUGGAUACUUUAAACAAACCCUUGUUGGCAACCCUCACAGCGCAACACCAAGACGGUGAACGUGUUUUCAGAGAGUCACAUAAGCGGCUGCUUAGUGGGCUGGGGAAGUUCUUGCGCCUUGAGUAUCAUGACCAGGAUUGGGCUCUUCGUGAACGCGCUCUGACUAUUGAACGUGAACUGCAGCAGGAACUCCAAGAGAUUGAAGCUGAAGUUCAUGGAGCCCAAUGGUUACAACACUAG